AUGAAAUUCUCCUCUGCUGUCUCCGUCGCCGCUGCCGCCUCCCUCGCUUCCGCUUCUACCAACGCUACCGCUGUCAACAGCACCAGCACUUUGGACCGUCAACGCACUACUUUGGUGACCAUCACUUCGUGCCUCGACAAUGCCUGUUCUUCCAAGACCACUUUCACCAGCACUCCAUCCAACUCGAUCACCGGUGCUGCUGAUGACAUCACCUACGUCGACGUCACAACUACUCCACAGUCGACCACUUCCCAGGUCAAGACCGUCAAAUCGACCUCUACCCCAUACACCUGGAGCACUGUUCCUUCCGGCAACUCCACUGGCGCUGCCACUGCAUCUUCCACUGCAAGUUUGAGCAUUUUCACCGCUGGUGCCCCACAGGCUGUUGCCGGUGCCGGCUUUGGAGCCUUGGCAGCUGGUGUUGCCUUCGCUCUUUUGUAA